CUUGAGCGUGAGCCCACAGUCCAUGUGACUGGCCAGAAGGUCUCCUGAUAUUUUUUGACUUUCUUUGUUUUUGUGAAUUGUCGCUGGAAGGAAAGGGAGGCAACAACAACUGUCACUGCUGCUUGUAUCCUAAAUUUGUGCUUCAGUGAAGACUGUUUUCAUCUGUUAUACAUGGACAACGCAGGGAUGAAAAAAGGAAUUGUGCUGAAAGAUGACUGGCCAGGAUAUAGUCUGGACCUGUUCACUUACCCUGAACAUUACCAUGAAGACAUAGAGAGUGUAUACAUUCCACAUGGUAUAAUCAUGAACAGGGUGGAGCGUCUGGCAGGCUACAUCAUGGAUGACUUCGCUGACAACAACAACAUCAUGGUGCUGUGCGUCCUGAAGGGAGGCUACAAGUUCUGUGCCGACCUGGUGGAGUUCAUCAAGGUGCUUGGCCGCAACUCCAACAAGUACCUGGAGACUCGGGUGGAGUUCAUCCGUCUGAAAAGCUACCUGAAUGACCAAUCAACAGAGGAGCUGCAAAUCAUAGGAAGUGGAGAUCUGUCAUUCCUACGUGGAAGUGUGCUCAUUGUGGAGGCCAUAGUUGACACAGGAAAGACCAUGAAGGCACUUCUGAAGCAUGUGGAGACCUUUGAACCAAAGAUGGUCAAGGUCGCCGGUCUGUUGGUGAAGAGGGUUCCUAACAUGGCUGAAAGUCUGACGGACUAUGUUGGCUUUGAGAUCCCAAACCACUUUGUUGUGGGCUAUGCUUUGGACUACAAUGAAUACUUCCGUGACCUGAAUCAUCUCUGUGUCAUCAGCAAGACUGGAAAGAUGAAGUACAAGGUUUAAAAAGAACAAAGAAAAGAAUAAAUGGAUGAAUGAAAGAAAGAACUCCUGGCAACGCGGAGAGGACUGUUGGUGACAGAUGGACUGAGCUUAUGGACGCUGGCAUCCCCGUGCCCAGAUGACGCCCACUCUGACUCAUGGAAACACACAGCGGGUGCAGCAGGCAGGAGGAACAGAGUCUCCUCACCACGCUGUAUCUAUUUGUUCCCGACUUAAAUCCGGCCUUACUGGGAAUCCCGACCAAAUACAUGUGAAUUCAACUAUUUGAAUAGUAAAACAAUGCCAGAUGUAAAUCAGUCAUUACAAUUGGCAUCUAGACUUUGGGUAAUGUUAUAAAUGACACCAUCGCAAUACAACCUCCAUUAUUUAAUAAGAAAACAGUGUUUUGUUGCAGUUAAACCCUAAGCCCUUGAUAUAAAGGGAGAAAGUGCUCAUCAUUGAAACAAACAUUUAGAAAUAAACAAAAGAAACAAAGCUCAUCGGCAAAACAUGUAUUUUUUCACUGUUUUACCUUGCUGGGAAACUCUAAAGUCUAUGUUUUCAAUGGGGAACUGAAGCAGUUAUCUGUGCUCUCUUCAUGUCCCGACCAAAUGUUUCUAAAUAUGUUUUAAAAACUGCAGCACUGUGAACCACACACAAACACAGAGAGGUAUUUUGUGUGUUUUGUAGCCAUCGUCAAUUGUGCAUGUCGACAGACCGACCAAGACAUACUUCACAUCAGGCAGCGUGCAAUCUGGGAGUGUUAUCAUGUGGCUACCCACUCUUGAUUCUUAAUCACUUGGAACUACAAACAGCAGUCACAUCAGUCAGGAACGUGUGCGUGCACACGAGUAUAUUUCUAAUAUUGCUAAGAUGUUUGUGGGUUAUGAUGUCAACUGAAAGAUGGUGCGUAAUUAAAGUUUUUCUUAACCCUGAACCUCAAAGCUCCAUGUGCAGACCACCUAGGUUUGACAUGACUAAUGGCUAAGGUUACAAACAUAUCCAACAUAAUAUCCUAGCUUUUAUGUUGUAUAAAUAUUAAAGUAAACCGAGCGUUUUUUACAAACUUGUUUAUGAGUCAAAUAUAAUGGUCCAGCUCCAGCUACAAGGCCUCUCUAAUAAGUGAAAUGACCUGAUAAAUGAGUUUCUAUGUGGAUAAUAUGAGCGUUUAUAAGAGAACUGUUGAUACAUUUAGUUUAUAUUUAGUUACACUUAGUUUAGUUAUUUUAGUUUAUAUUUAGUAAUAUUUGAUGUAUAUUUAGUGUAUAUUUAGUAGUUUAGUUAUAUUGAGUGUAUAUUUCUCCUUCCUUCUUUGUAUUGAACUGUUGCACCUCAAUUUCC